AUGCCCGAUGGCCUGCGGCGCCGCGGGGGGCGGGCCGACUCGCCGGCGGACGCGGGCGGCGGGCGCCCGCGGGAGGUGGUGCCCAGCGCGCCCCAGCCCUCGCCGGGGCCCGAGGGCGAGGCCUAUCAGUCGCUGCUGAAGGCAAGAUCGGCCAAGGACAUGGUGGCGCGCGCGUGCUUCGUGGGAAUCUUUAUCACUGAAAACUUGCUCCACGCCACGUACUUCGAGCUGGAGGUGGACGCGAUGGUGGCCCCCGCGAUGGCGCCGCUGCCACGGGAGGUGGCCGUGUGCGUGCAUCUCGUGCACAUCAUCUUCGGCCUGUUCGGUGCCACUUUCGUGCUUCUCUCUGGUAUCGACACGGCUGGUCGCACUGCCCUCACGAAGGGCACUUCGAUGAUGUUGGUGUUCAUGGGAACUAUCACGUGGACGUGGUGGAUCAACCGCCAGGGCGUGCCGUACUGGCAGUUAGAUCCGUAUCCGUUUUGGGAUGUGCGUUGUUCGGCAGAGAAGAAGAACCGCACGGUCCACAUCCUCAAGAAUAUCGCCAUCAUAGGUGCCCUGACCAUGCUCCAACAGAUGGCCAAGUACGAGCGCGAGGCCUUCCCCGUCCGACCAAGCUUCCUGGAGGGUGUUGUCACAGCGCUGAGGCCCUGGAGCUUUCCAGCAACGCUGGCUCCGCAGCUGGUUGCGCUGGCGGUGCAACGCUGCAUGCUGCACAUCGAACUGCCAGGCUAUGUGAUUGUGUUUUCCCUAGUCGUGUCCCUCAUGGGAGUUCAGGCCACAGCGAACUUGGUCAACUCCUACAAGGACUUCGAGCGGGGCAUCGAUGUCAAGGAGACGGCUGGAGACAGGACCUUGGUCGACGACCUGGUGUCGAAGCGCACGUUGCUGGUCAUGGGAGUCUGCUGUUUAGCUUGCUGGCUAUCCUUCUUCGCAUGGUCUGUAGUGUCGACGGGCUUCAACGUGGUGGUCCUGUCUUUGGCGUGCCUCGGCACGCUGCUCGCAAUCGGCUACACCGCUGGGCCUGCGCCCCUCAAGUACCUGGGCCUCGGAGACCUCGUCGUCUUCUUGUGCUUCGGCCCAGCGGUGAUUGCCUACAGCUGCGCAGUCCUUACGGGCUCCGUGCACCAGGAGGCCAUCGUGCUCACUUUGCCGGUCACGCUCUUCGUGGUUGCCACGCUCCAUGCGAACAACUACCGAGAUAUUGAGGCGGACGGCCGCACGGGUGCCAGGACGGUGGCCAUAAUGCUGGGGAAGCAGGCCUCACUCCACUACUACAGCCUGCUCCUGCUACUCGCCCACAUCGGGGCCCUGACAGCAGGGCUCUGGUAUGGCUGCGCCGGCGCCGCCGCCAGCCUCUUCGUGGCGCCGCAGUCAAUCUGGCUCUGCAUGCGCAUUCGCAUUCCCUCCAGACUGCACGACCAGGACGAGGAGACGGGCAAGACGACGCUGCUCUUCGGAGUAGCGCUGGCGCUGGGCAUCGUUACCAUGCCCGGACCCGAGCCUUCUGCCCUCGGACUCGGUGUCGUGGCCUUGGUGGUGUUCGUGCUCAAGGUCUUUGCGAACUAA